UAUUGGCAUUCAACAGGCUGCUCUUGAUACGGGAAGAAGGUUUAUGUGGCAAUUUUAACGAGUGGACGGUGCAUUCGUAGUCGAAUCAAUUGUCAGUUGUCAGUCAUUAUCACUAUCAGUUCGUAUCUGUGUUCUGUGGUUAACUUCGACUGAUUUUCGCAAAAGGAUUACGUCAAUCGAAGAAUCAUUAUCGCAAAAGUGUUAAAAAUGAGUUUUUCAGUAGAAAUUUGUUUUGUCUUUUAUAUGUUUAAUGAAGCGCGAUCCAAGUGAAGUGAACAGUCAAAAACUUUUGUAACUCUCACUAAGUGAUUUAAUAAUAAUUAUUCUUCUCAUUCGUUGAAACUUUCCUCAUUCAUGUUUACUUGAGCCAAUGAUAAACUUAUCUUGUGGGGGCAAGUGCUUUAAAAAAUAUGUCGCGUUCCUCAGCAAUUUCGAAUUGACUCAUACAAAGUGUUUUCUUAGAUUUUUUCUUGGUGUUAGUGCGGAGUUCAUUAGCAUUCCUCGAUAGCAAUUGUUCAUCCGCCGAAGAAAAAGUUUCACGACUUUUCUGGCUAAUGUACAUAUUGUAUGGUAAAUAAAUAAUAUUGCUACUUAUCUCUGGACAAAUAACAGCGUGUUAAAAAUAGCUUGUACUCAAAUUGCCAGGCUUGUGUCAACUCGUAUCACGUGAUAUUCACAGUGAACUUUAUUAUACUUAAGUAAUCUUAAAGAUGUGGCUUUAGGUAUACCAACGCUAUUCAGCCUUCUCUGGAUAUUUCAAACACAUGGUGACCCUGGAGUAUCGGUGAGUGGUGUGGGCCGGUCAUGCGCCUCGGCCCGACUCUACUGCUGGUCGCACUUCUUUAUGUGUGCCACGGGGUUUCAUCCGACCCCUAUAAGGCGGACUCUCUCUACCCUGACCCCAACGUUACCUCCAUAUCUUUUCCCUCCUUCGACAAGAACACCAUCGAUGGAGACGACGCUACGCAGACGCGGCAUAACUUGGCCAUCUUCAACGACGAAAUUCUCUCGCAUGCCCAUGACAAAUUCGAGGAUUGGUAUGCUAGGGAAAAUGUAUCAUCGGCCGGAAAUCUCACCGCUGAAAGUCUCAAGACUGAAGUCGCGCUCAAGAAGAAGGUGAUAACGGUGGGGUACUUGGCUGCGGUCAAGGGGGAGCUGAAGGAGAGGCAAGGUCUGACCAUUUCUGGAGCUGUACAAAUGGCGAUAGAUAACAUCAACAGAGAUCCCAGAAUUCUACCGAAUGUAACGUUAGAAAUGCAAUGGAACGACACCAAAGGGGACACGGUAAUAGCAACAAAGGCCAUGACCGAAAUGAUUUGCGGUAAUGUUUAUGCCUUCUUCGGUCCUGAGGGUAACUGUUAUGUUGAAGCUAUUGUGGCUCAGUCGCAAAAUAUUCCGAUGAUAAGCUAUAAAUGUUCGGAUUAUAAGGCCUCCAAAAUACCAACUUUUGCUAGAACCGAACCUCCCGAUACUCAAGUUACCAAAUCCAUAAUAUCUCUUUUGGACUACUACAAAUGGUAUAAAUUCUCAGUAAUCUAUGAGGCUGAAUGGGAAACGGUAGCCCGAUCUUUGAUACUUCAGGCUCCAAAAAAGAACAUGACCGUAACUGGCGAAAGACAUGCCUCAGAUCGCUUAGAAUGUUGCGUUAAAGGUCUGAAAUGUUGCCAACAGGCAUUUUGGUAUAAGUUUCUUCAGGAAACAAAAAAUAGGACAAGAAUCUAUGUUUUUUUGGGAAACACGUUGUCAUUGGUGGAUAUGAUGACUACAAUGCAAACCCUUCAGUUGUUCGAGAAUGGGGAAUAUAUAGUGAUUUAUGUAGAUACAAACAUGUAUUCGGACAAGGAUGCACACAAAUACUUGUGGAAACACGAUGUAUUCGACACCAACAACUCGUGCGACAGUAAGCUACAAGAGUAUCAAUCGUUCCUUAAAAGGGCUAGGUCCCUAUUCGUCAUCGUACCGACCGCACCCACCCAAAAUUAUGAAUCUUUCACCAACAUGGUGAAGCACUAUACCAGUCAGAAACCCUUCGGAUUUGAGACUUCCGAUAUAUUGAAGGGAUUCGCUACGUAUGUUUCGAUUUAUGCUGCCUAUUUGUACGACUCGGUUAUACUAUACGCCACUGCUCUGGAUAACAUUUUAUCAGAAGAACCCAUAAUCAAUGACUACGUCAUCGAGGAAAUUGCCAGGAACGGAACCAGGAUAGUGGAAGCCAUCAUCAAGAUGGGCUCUUACAGAAGUGUCACGGGUGCUAUGAUGAAAUUGGAUGAGAACGGAGACUCGGAAGGAAACUUUUCCGUUUUGGCGCUGCGUCCCACACCCAACUCACGUCAUGUCUAUGGGCACUUCCAGUGCCCUUACCAAAUGAGACCCGUUGGUCAGUUCUUCCAACAAUUUGACGAUUUCCCUGAAUACAAAAUAAACCCAAACACCCAGAUCGAGUGGGCCACCGGUAAGGACAAGCCCAAUGACGAGCCAAGCUGCGGUUUCGACAACCAACUCUGUCCAAAGGCCAACACUCAACUGAAUAGUAUCAUUGCCGUGGGCGUGCUCUCAGUUCUUCUUUUCUGCGUGGGCGUCAUCACUAUGAGCAUCUAUCGAAAAUGGAAGAUAGAGCAGGAGAUAGAAGGACUGCUCUGGAAGAUUGACAGAGAUGAAAUACUGAGCUAUUUCGAACGAGACAUUUCUAGUCCUACACGUGUGUUCUCUUCGCAGGUUAGUUUAGUUAGUAACAGCGUGACGUCGUUCGAGUCCAGGGGAGGGCUACAAGUAUUCGCCACCACUGCCCUCUAUCGGGGGGUGGUGGUGCGAAUCAAAGAACUGGCCUUCUCUCGUAAAAAGGACAUAUCUAGAGAUGUCAUGAAGGAGAUGCGGCUGCUGAGGGAGCUUCGUCACGACAACGUGAACAGUUUCAUCGGCGCUUGCGUAGAGCCCAACUCUUUAUUGCUAGUCACUGAUUACUGUGCCAAAGGAAGUUUAUAUGAUAUUAUAGAAAAUGAAGAUAUUAAAUUGGAUAAGAUGUUUAUUGCUUCAUUGAUUCAUGAUCUCAUUAAGGGAAUGUUAUAUCUUCACAACUCGAUGCUGGUGUGUCACGGCAACUUAAAAUCGUCAAAUUGCGUGGUGACCAGUCGUUGGGUUCUUCAAGUAACCGAUUUCGGUUUGUACGAGAUGCGACAUUGGGCAGAGAAUGAAAGCAUCGGCGAACAUCAAUAUUACAGAAAUCUUUUUUGGAGGGCACCUGAGAUCCUUAGAGACCCUAACGCUUACAUUCGAGGCUCUCAAAAGGGUGACGUUUAUGCAUUCGCCAUCAUUUUGUACGAGAUACUCGGUAGAAAAGGACCUUUUGGAGUCACAGAUUACGAACCAAAAGAAAUUAUAAAUUUAGUUAAAAAUUUCCCCUCGGAGGGGGAGGAACCUUUUCGUCCCAACACGGAACUGUUGUUGGACACGGAAGUAGGCUGUGAAGACGAUGUAUUGCAAUGCAUGCGUGAUUGCUGGGCCGAAAACCCCGAACAUAGGCCCGAUUUCGUAGCUAUUAGGACUAGGUUGAAGAAACUGAAAGACGGAAAAAAAAAGAAUAUUAUAGACCAAAUGAUGGACAUGAUGGAGUCUUAUGCGACCAAUUUGGAAGACGUAGUAAUGGAAAGAACUAGAUUGCUUUACGAGGAGAAAAUGAAAACUGAAGAUCUUCUUCAUCGAAUGUUACCAAAGCCUGUUUCCGAAAGAUUGACGAAAGGAUAUGGGGUUGAGCCUGAAUCUUUCGAUUCUGUAACGGUGUAUUUCAGUGAUAUUGUCGGUUUUACGGCCAUGUCCGCAGAAAGUACGCCUUUACAGGUCGUAAACUUUCUUAACGAUUUGUAUACAGUAUUCGAUCGGAUCACUAAGGGUUAUGAUGUCUAUAAAGUUGAAACAAUAGGAGACGCUUAUGUUGUGGUUUCUGGAUUGCCCUUGAGGAAUGGGGAUCGCCAUGCUGGAGAGAUUGCAUCAAUGGCCCUGGACAUGCUCGGUGCGGUCAGCAACUAUCGGAUAGCUCAUCGACCAAACGAUAUUCUCAAGUUGAGAAUUGGAAUCCACACAGGUCCCGUGGUGGCAGGAGUUGUGGGCCUCACCAUGCCCAGAUACUGCCUUUUCGGGGACACCGUGAAUACAGCUUCGAGGAUGGAGAGCAACGGCGAACCCCUUCGUAUACACAUCAGUUCGCAGUGCAAGGAGGCUCUGGAAAAAUUGGGCGGUUACGUGAUAGAAGAAAGAGGGUUGGUGAACAUGAAGGGUAAAGGCAACGUGAAGACGUUUUGGCUGGUAGGUGCCACAGAAUGGGCGAUACAAAGGAGGGAAGUCGAUUUAGAAGAGCUUCCACCGUUGUUCUGCAGACCGAGAAAGAGUCCGAAACUUAACAACGAUUCUAGGCAGCCUUCUUUUUGCGGAGGUUUCGGAGGUCUCACCAGUAGGAGACAUUCAAGUGUGCCUAGAGGCACCAGCAUAGAAGUGGAGAGCAUCUCCACAAUCCAAAAUUCUAGUCCUUUACCGUCCAGACACCUGAAGGUAAACAGGCACAACUUGAUCGUUCCAGAGCACAACGGCUCGAAAGUGACCAUCAACACAGCCUUUGGCAGCGGCAUCAUUGAAGUACCUGAAGAUAACAAACGGGGACUGAGACCACGCAGGGUACUGUCCAGCAUCGCUUCAAGCUGCGACGAAUCCAACAGAAGUCAACUAAUUAAAAUAAGAGAAUCGAGGAGUUUGGAUCCUAUUCCUCCGACGAAAAAUAAGAUUUUGGAUCCGAUCAAUAAGUUAUUAAGGUCGAAUAGAAGUACAAGAUCGCUCGAUAACUGUGAAAAGGGAAGCAAAAUUCAAAUAAUUGCAAUUACCGACGAAAAUCUUGUUCACAAUUAUGCAAACGGAAACGUGCUAGCUUGUUCCAACGAAGAUAACAGCUUGAUGGAAGACGUCCAAAUACCACUGUUGAACACUAAUGCAGCAAAUCCUACCAUUAUAAGAAAAAGGGGAGGAAACGGUUUUGAGGAUAUCAUCGACAAUGAAGAGAAUGACACUUCAAAGAGAUGGCGAUCCCUCGAAUCAGUACAAGUAUCGUGUGAGCCUCCCCAAGACGUGGUGAGGAAUAAAAAAAUUAUACCUAGACAUUCUUUGAAAAACUGGCUUGUUGGACUGUUCAAUGGCAACAGUCUAAAAACUAGUAGCGCCUCUUUGAAAAAGGCUGUUAUUGCUGAUUUUCCACGAACUAUUGAGAGAGAUAAAGAAAGUGUUAUCUGAAGAAAACAAUGUGAAUAUCUUGGAAAAACUUUUACCUUCAGAUCUAUUCCUCACUCGGAAGGAAAUAGGACAUUUAUUGACAGAUGUUUCGUCUUCAGAAAUUCACUCGUAUAUCAUUGCUGGCAUUUUUUGCUUUGAAGCGCCAAAGAUAUCCAGAAUAAGAGAAAAUUAAGAACAAAAUUGAAAUGAUAUGGUCUUAUGAACUAUGAAAGUUUAGUUUCAAAAAAAAAAAAAUAGAAUUCCAUUACUUAACUAUGUACAUGUUAAAACAAUAAUUGUAUAUAAUUUAAAAUAUUUAUAUUUUGAUGUUAAUACAUAAUACUAUUCAACUUCUCAGAGUAACCUACUCUGUAAGAGUCAAGAAAAUGAUUACAGUUGAAUAUUUCAGUUAACUGAGCAUUUCAGUUGGAUGAUAUCCAGUGUUUUAAUUUUUGAGAGCAAAAUUCAGUGAAAAAAUAGAGAAUGUUUCAAUUCUGAAAUGUUAUUUAUAACAUCAGAAUUUUCCACACUUUCAGUAAUCCCUUAUUAUGUUUUUUCUAAAAUUCUUUGAUAAUCGAAAAGUCACUUUAUUAAAAAGCUUUUUUUAAUUUUAUGCGAAAAAAAAAAUGUAAUUUCCAGUCACCUCAUGCCAUAUUGUUCUCUUCACCAUUCAUAUCAUUUUGUCUAUGUAAUUAAUCACACUUCAAACUCAUUUUAUUUUUAUUUAAACUUGUCCAUUUCUAUUUGUACAUAAAUCUGAUGUGGGAAGAUGUGAAUAUUUAAUUUUAAUACUAUCGUCUACUAAUAAUUAAAAAAUUCAUCUGGAAGCAAAUAAUAUCAAAUUGCAUUUCUGCAUUACAUAUCUGGAUUGGUGUAGUGAUAUUUUUGUAAUUGCCCUAUUUUUAUAAUUUCUUAAAAGCCGUAUCUGUUCGAAGUCAUCUAUAGCCAGAUAUAGUGUUCCUCUGGUGGUUCUGACUGUGAUCCCUACCUUAUUUAACAUAAUUGUAGAUAUUAUUGGAUGAGAUACUUGUUGCACUGGUAAUAUAUAUUUUGUGCCAUUCAUUUUAGUAAAUGUAUAUCAAAAGGCAUCCACUUUAAUGUAAAUAGUUAUUUGUAGGAAAUUUCAUUUGAUAAAUAUACAUAUUUAUUUACUGAAAA